CUGCUCCCAUCGACUCCCUCAAACGUGACAUUUCUGUUUGGGAGAGAAGACAACCAGACCCAGACCCGUCACCGGAUUACCAAGGAUUACCCCGGAUUACCACAGGGACCGAUCCAGCAGCGCAGGACCGAUCCAGCCUCUCAGAUCAACAGCCUCCCUCUUGUAUUUCCUCAACAUGGCUGAGACCAAAGGGAAGUUUGACUUCGCCAUCGACAGAGGUGGUACCUUCACAGAUGUGUUUGCACGUCUGCCUGAUGGUCGGGAGAGAGUCCUUAAACUGCUGUCCAGGGACCCACAGAACUACAAAGACGCUCCCACCGAGGGAAUCCGCAGGGUCCUGGAGGAGGAAACAGGACAGGCAUUUCCUCGUGAUCAGCCUGUCGACAGCUCUCUGAUUGGAUGGAUCAGAAUGGGCACUACCGUGGCGACUAAUGCCCUGCUGGAGAGGAAAGGAGAACGGGCCGCACUCCUGGUCACAAAAGGCUUCAAGGACCUGCUGCACAUUGGCACACAGGCCAGGCCCAGACUUUUUGAUUUGGAGGUCGCCGUCCCUGAUGUACUUUAUGAGGAAGUCAUAGAGGUGGAUGAGCGAGUCGUCCUCUGCCAAGAUGACUGCCAGCUGCCUAGGACCAAUACCAAACGUGUCGUAACAGGUAGUACAGGGGAUUCUCUGGAGGUGUGGCAGGAACUGGACCUGAAACAAGUAGAAAAAGACCUUCGAGGUGUUUUGUCCCGCGGUAUAUCCAGCCUAGCCGUCCUCUUCCUGCACUCAUACACCUGGUCUGACCAUGAGAAAGCAGUUGGCGCUCUGGCCCGUCGUCUAGGCUUCACCCAGGUGUCUCUCUCCAGCGAAGUCAUGCCAAUGGUACGGGCGGUCCCUCGGGGCUACACGGUCUGCGCAGAUGCCUACCUCACACCUAAAAUCCAUCAGUAUUUAAAAGGAUUCACCGCCGGCUUUAAAGGCGGUCUGAAGGAUGUUGAUGUCUUGUUCAUGCAGUCCGAUGGAGGUCUGACACCAAUGGGGGAGUUCUGUGGCUCCCGAGCUGUUCUGUCUGGACCAGCAGGGGGAGUGGUGGGCUACGCCAUCACCUCAUACAGCCAAAUGGAGAAGAAGCCUGUAAUUGGCUUUGAUAUGGGAGGAACCUCCACCGACGUGAGCCGCUACGCAGGGCAAUAUGAACACGUGUUUGAGGCCACGACGGCUGGAGUCACCCUGCAAGCGCCUCAGCUGGACAUCAACACCGUGGCUGCAGGCGGAGGGUCCCGGCUCUUUUUCAGAUCAGGGAUGUUUGUUGUGGGACCAGAAUCUGCUGGUGCGCAUCCAGGACCAGCCUGCUAUAGGAAAGGUGGCCCUCUGACUGUGACGGACGCUAACUUAGCUCUGGGUCGCCUCCUUCCUUCAUUCUUCCCUAAAAUCUUCGGCCCUGCAGAGAAUGAACCCCUGUCUUUGGAAGAGACUAUGAAACAUUUUCAUUCUGUCACUGAGGAGAUAAACACCUUCCUGUCUGUAAACCAAACACAGGCAGCAGCCAAUGGGGACAACAAAACGCAGAAGAACAUGAUGCCAGACAGCCAAUCAAAGAUGAGUGUGGAAGAGGUUGCUAUGGGAUUCAUUCGUGUUGCUAAUGAAGCAAUGUGCCGGCCAAUCAGGGCGCUGACUCAGGCAAAGGGUCAUGAUACGUCUCAGCAUGUGCUGGCAUGCUUCGGCGGUGCAGGAGGCCAGCAUGCCUGCGCCAUAGCCCGAGCUCUGGGAAUGAAGACCGUCUUCAUCCAUAAAUACAGUGGUUUGCUGUCAGCGUAUGGUCUGGCCCUGGCAGAUGUUGUGGAGGAGGUGCAGGAGCCAUGCUCCUUAAAGUAUGAGCAGCAGUGCUUCAGCGAGCUCGACCGCAGGAUGGAGGAGCUCUGCAGACGCUGCCGUGACACACUCUGUGCACGUGGCUUCUCCAGCGGUCAGAUUACCACAGAGGUUUUCCUCCACCUGCGUUACCAAGGCACUGACUGCGCUCUUAUGGUCACAGCUGACGGAUUUCCCAGCCACGCCCAAUCAUGUCGAGCAGGGGACUUCCGCGGCGCCUUCACCAAACGUUAUCUGAAGGAGUUUGGAUUCACCAUCCCAGACAGACCCAUCGUGGUGGACGACAUCAGAGUGAGAGGCUGUGGAAAAUCCGGGAUCGAUUCUGUGCAUAAACCAAAGAUGGGAAACACAGAAGCCAAACCAGUCACGAUGACCAAGUGUUACUUUGAAGAUGGCUACAUGGGCACCAGUGUAUAUCUGUGGGAGGAGCUGCCAUGUGGUAAAAGCAUCCAAGGCCCGGCCAUCAUCAUCGACAAAAACAGCACCAUCCUGGUGGAGCCAUCCUGUGAGGCCCGUCUAACAGAAGAAGGCAACGUCUGCCUCACUGUGGGUUCAGACACCCAGUGCGCCAUUGGCACUGAGCUCAACACCGUGCAGCUCUCCAUCUUUUCCCACCGCUUUAUGAGCAUCGCAGAGCAGAUGGGCAGAGUCCUCCAGAGGACCUCCAUCUCUACAAAUAUCAAGGAGCGUCUGGACUUCUCCUGUGCUGUGUUUGGGCCUGAUGGAGGUUUGGUGUCCAACGCGCCGCACAUCCCUGUCCAUCUGGGGGCCAUGCAGGAGACGGUCCAGUAUCAGAUCAGAUCAAUGGAAAACAAACUGAACGAAGGAGAUGUGAUUCUGAGUAACCACCCGUGUGCCGGAGGCAGCCAUCUCCCAGACCUGACGGUCAUCACACCGGUGUUCAGGAAAGGAGUCAACAGGCCUGUGUUCUUUGUGGCCAGCAGGGGGCAUCAUGCUGACAUUGGGGGCAUCACUCCUGGAUCUAUGCCCCCCCACUCCACUUCCCUUCAGCAGGAGGGGGCAGUCUUCACCUCAUUUAAGCUUGUCACUGGGGGAGUCUUCCAAGAAGAAGCCGUCACUGAAGCUCUGAAGGCUCCGGCCCAGUACCCCGGCUGCUCUGGGACUCGUAAUCUCCACGACAACCUGUCAGACCUGCGGGCUCAGGUGGCAGCCAAUCAGAGAGGCAGCCAGUUAGUGGGAGAGCUGAUUGACUGCUACGGCUUAGACGUGGUCCAGGCCUACAUGGGAUACAUCCAGAGCAAUGCUGAGCUGGCGGUCAGGGACAUGCUGAGAGAGUUUGCACGCCGACGACAGCACAGCGGCUCCUUGGAAGUGGAAUCAGAGGAUUUUAUGGACGAUGGGACACCGAUCAGACUUCGGGUUCAGAUUGAUGAAGAAGAGGGAAGCGCGGUGUUUGACUUCACAGGCACGGGAACGGAGGUGUGGGGGAACUGCAACGCCCCACGGGCCAUAACCCUGUCCGCCCUCAUCUACUGCCUGCGCUGCAUGGUCGGACAGGACAUCCCCCUCAAUCAGGGUUGCCUGACGCCGAUCAAAGUUAUCAUACCCCCCGGCUCCAUCCUGCAGCCAUCCCUGAAUGCAGCUGUGGUUGGAGGAAACGUGCUCACGUCUCAGAGAGUGGUUGAUGUCAUAUUUAAGGCGUUUGAGGUGUGCGCUGCCUCUCAGGGAUGUAUGAACAACAUUUCCUUCGGCAGCGAGAGAGUCGGCUAUUAUGAGACGGUAGCUGGGGGAGCGGGGGCGGGUCCGAGCUGGCACGGGCGGAGCGGCGUUCACUCUCACAUGACCAACACCCGCAUCACUGAUCCAGAGAUCUUGGAAAAAAGAUAUCCGCUGAUUUUAGAGCAUUUCUCCCUGCGACCCGGCUCAGGAGGUGCAGGGAAAUACCGGGGUGGCGAUGGAGUCAUCCGGAAGCUUCUCUUCAGGAACAAGGUUGUCCUGUCUGUCUUGACUGAAAGACGAGCCAUCCGCCCCUACGGCCUUAUGGGGGGCGAGGAUGGAGCAACAGGACUCAACCUGCUGCACAGAGCUGAUGGUCGGACCCUCAACCUGGGAGCAAAGACCAGCGUCAGCCUUGAGCCCGGGGACAUGUUCUGCCUCUACACCCCUGGAGGAGGGGGGUUUGGGAACGAGGAGCUGAAGAACGGGGGACCUCAGAACAAGAGAAGGCGUCUGAAUGAGACGUUCACUGAGAGGGGGAGCGUCUUUGAAUACCGAAUGGCACAAGAGGGAGUGUAGGGAGAAAGGAAAAGAAAACUGGAGGCCAGAGGAGAGUAGAAAUCAAAUAAAAUGAGAGCCUGAGAAAGAAGUUAAAACUGUAACAGCUGUAAUUUCUAGUAGACUAAUAGUGCAAGAAGUAAAGAUUUUUAAAAGAAAGCUGAUAUCAGGCCAAAAGGUUGGAUCAGAUUCCUGAUCUAUAUGAGGAUUACUUUGUUAAAUUUCCACUCCUUAGUCUGGUGCAAUCAUAACUGCCUGAACACAUUUUAACUAUUUCAACUGUUUACUUAAAAAAAAUUAUUAAAAAAAACUUCCAUAUUUACAACUAUCUUAUGUUUCCUUCUUUUAGAAGAUUAGAAAAAUAAAUUUUGUUACAGAAGGCUUAUCUCCAUCAUGUUUCAUCUAAAAGCAUCUGUGUGCAAAAGUAUGGAAAAAUCCACAUUCUUCAUAUAAAGACAGUUUAAAUGAUACAGACUUGAUGUGUGACAGGUAGUCACACCCCGGAUUGUUUUGUUAAGCAGAGAGGAGUUAAAGCGUUGAUCCCCCUCCUCCCACCUUUGGUGUCAGGAAUGAUCAUGAGCAGAAGGAGAAAGGAUGGCGAGGGAGUGCAGGCAUGCGUAGGCAACUGAUACAGAGAUAGUGGUCCCAGCAGGGGGGAAGCAGUGGGAGGCUGAUGGCUGCUGGACUGUUGAUGGAAAUCUGAUUGCUACAAGAGAAAGAAGAAGGCUGGAACCUACCAAUUCCUGAAUCAAAGUUCCUACAGAGAAGCUGCCAACUGAAGAUGGCUUAAAACUCAGUUUUAAAGGCGAGUAAAGUAAAGGUUAGGAGCUGUGUGUUCUUUAUAGA